UUCGAGGAAUGAAAUGCGAUUGCGUGAGUUACGCAGAGUAUCGUACUUGUUGUCAACUCUAAUUUAGUCUCCGUAUGGCGGUUAGGAAAAGAGGUCCUUUAACUGAAACAGCCUGCUCAAAAGAAGAUAUAAGGUUGAUAUAAGAUAUCAGGGGCUAUAAACAUGUUUCAUAUACACACACGUCGUACUCGUAAAUAAUCAGUUCGUCGUGAGUGAAAUAAAUGCUAAAAUGAUGGAAUCGGAAAAAUGGCAUAUACAGAUCUAUUUAUUUUUGCUAUUAAUAACUUCAGCAUAUUCAAAUGUGGGAAAAAUGACAUCGUCUCAAAACCACUUUGGGAGUAGUCUUCAAAGCCAGUUUAAUACUAAAAACAAUACUCGGGUCAUCGCCCAGAAGGGAGGACUUGCUAUUUUACCAUGUGUCGUUAAAGUCAAUUCUCCGGCCACGGUUUCUUGGAUUCGAAGAAAAGAUUUUCAGUUGCUUACUGUGGGCUUAUCAACUCACAGUAGCGACAAAAGAUUUUUAGUAGAGCACACACGUCACAUGGGGCAUUGGUCGCUAAGGAUUAAAGCUGUUAAGGAAGAGGACCGAGGAUUCUAUGAGUGUCAACUGUCAAUUUACCCAACGCAAUCAAUUUUUAUAGAACUAAAAAUUGUUGAAGCUGUAGCUGAAAUAUCAAACGCACCCGAUAUACUUAUUGACGAAACUUCUACGCUUCAACUGCAAUGUAAACUUAAGGGGGCCACGGAAAAUCCAGCAUUUGUCUUUUGGUAUCAUGAGAAUAAAAUGGUUAACUAUGAUGCGCAAGGAGGUUUCGUUGUCACGUCGAUUACUGAAAAUGCGAUCACUGGUCUCGAAAACGGCCAACAUUUACAGACGAAACCAAAUGGCACUAAAAAUAAAACACAUCGCAGCGCAAUGGAAUCAAAUGGCGAUAGCGCGAUCGUAUCUACUGCAGGUCCAUAUAUUUCUACUUCACCAAUUAGUCCAUUUUCAGCAUUACAAGUACAACCACAUAAGUCACCAUAUCUUCCAAAUUCUUCAAUGAGCGUGCUAACCAUCAAAACAGUAACAUUUCAUCAUGCUGGAAAUUAUACAUGUGCACCGUCAAAUGCUAGGCCGGCCAGCAUUACGGUCCAUGUACUGAGAGGAGAAAAACCAGCAGCCAUGCAACAUGCGAAUCGCAGCAUUCUUGACGGAGAGAAUAAUUCCAACAUCAGCUUGGGCCUAAACAGUAUUAAAGGAUUCAAUGGAACCAAUAGUCUACUGGUCACAGGGCCCUCACUACUAUUAUCCGUUCUCUGUUUGCUAGCGAAUCUGCCUUCUGCAUCCCAUUUACAAAAGCAGACACCAAUGAUAUUCUUCGUAUAUGUAUUAUGUACUUUUAAUAGCUGAAAUUUUGAUUAGACUAAAUAACAAGAAUUAUAGAGUAAUUUAAAUCAAUUAGCUUCGGCAAUUGGAAUUAAGGAAUUGUAUAUAAAUAAUACCACACAUUUAAAGAUACUCAUGAAUGCGGUACAUACGAAUACAUUAGUAUCACGAUACCAAUAUUAAGAUGUUUAAGUUAAAAUUGUAAAAAGGACUUGACUAUAUGAUAUGAUUAUAUGGUAAAUUAAUGAAAGCUGUCUUCGGCAUACCAAAAACUGAUAUAACGAUGUAGACUUAUUAAAAAGUUGUUCCUACGGUAGCUAUAUGGUAGUUUUGUCGAUCGUUCGAUCUACGCAUUUCCAUUUAAAAUGACAGCUAUCGGGGUUCAGUUAAGGUCUCAGUAUAUAAACUGUGAUAUAAUUUGAUGUAGAAUUAAUAAAAAAUUGUCAUUUAAAUCAAAAAUAUUUACCCUUAAAACGUCACAUUUAUGCUGACUGCCGAUAAACAUAUUUAGAUGAAACACUCACUUUCCAUCAACAUACAACCUUCAACCUUCUUAAGAACUAUA